GCGUGCCAAGGAGCACGCACUGGCGGACAUGCACGACAAAAAGAUAGCGACACUCAAGUGCAUGGCACAGUCGACGAUGUCCCUGCGGCAACAGCAGUCAGAGUAUCAGGCCAAGCUCGAAGGAGCGGAGGAGCGCUUAGCCAACGUGCAAGGACGAAUCAAGGACCUACAAAUCGAGGAGCCCGCCAUCAUCAGCGAAAUCACACAGUACAAAAUAUGUGCGAAGGAGAUACAGGACAUGAUGGAGGAGGAAGCCGCAGACAUGCAGCAGCAGAUGGCAGCGACAGGGGGCGGCGCGCCAAGUGGAUGCUCUGGGCAGCCACAACAGCAGUAUGCGCCGCACAAUCAUCAGUACCAGCAACAGGUGCCAGACAGAACGUUCGAGUCCGUCAACGACAUGGCGGAGAUAAGAGGGCUGCUGGUGGGCAUGGCGAACAGGCAAAACGAAACGGAGCGCAUCAUGGGACAGAUGUGGCAGGCCUUCAACUACCAGGCGGCGGCGGCGGCGCAG